GUGCCCGGCCGGGGCAGCUUCUUCCCGGGGCUUGCUGGCAGCGGCCCCCUCCCGGGAGCUAAGCGCAUUCCGGCGGCUCGGCGCUCCGGGCAGCCCCAUGGCGCCCCCGGGCUGGUGAGGGGCCGGCGGCUCCGGCUCCCCCGGCCGAGGAGAUGGCCCUGGAGCGGGCUCUGCUCGCCGCUCGCCAGGGGGACGUGGACACCCUGAAGUCCCUGCAGGCGGCGGGGCUGCUGCGGCCGGGGCUCCGGGACCCGCUGGGCGCCUCGCCCGCUCACCACGCCGCCCGGGCCGGCAAGCUCAACUGCCUGCGCUACCUGGUGGAGGAGGCGGCGCUGCGGGGCAAUAGCCGGGCCCGCAACGGGGCCACCCCGGGCCACGACGCGGCGGCCACCGGCAACCUGGCCUGUCUCCAGUGGCUGCUGACCCAGGGAGGCUGCUGCGUUCAGGACACAGACAAUUCCGGUGCCACUAUCCUGCAUCUCGCAGCCCGCUUUGGUCACCACGAAGUAAUAGACUGGCUACUGCGAUUUGGAGCCAGCGACCCGAUGAUAGCCACGGACACAGGAGCGUUACCUGUUCACUAUGCUGCAGCCAAAGGAGAUUUCCCUUCAUUGCGACUUCUCUUAGGGCACUGUCCAAACAGUGUUAGUGCCCAGACCAAGAAUGGUGCCACUCCCCUCUACCUAGCCUGCCAGGAAGGCCACCUGGAAAUCAUACAGUACUUGGUGAAGGACUGCGGAGCAGAUCCCCACGUGCGCGCCAAUGACGGUAUGACCCCGCUCCACGCGGCUGCUCAGAUGGGCCACAACACCGUCAUCGUCUGGCUGAUGAGCUUCACCAGCAUCAGCCUGUCGGAGCAGGAUGACGACGGCGCGACGGCCAUGCAUUUUGCUGCCAGCCGCGGCCACGCCAAAGUGCUGAGCUGGCUGCUCCUGCACGGGGGAGAGAUCACCACCGACCAGUGGGGGGGGACGCCGCUGCACGACGCCGCUGAGAACGGAGAGCUGGAGUGCUGUCAGAUCCUCGUGGUGAAUGGUGUCAACUUGGGGCUCCGUGACCAGGAUGGCUACACGGCCGCUGACCUCGCUGAUUACAACGGGCAUAGCCACUGCGCCAAGUACCUCCGCACCGUCGAGAACAUGAGCGUGGAGCACAGAGUCCUGUCCCGAGACCCCUCGGCCGACCUGGAGUUCAAGCAGCCCGAUUCCGGCAUGUCUUCCCCCAACACGACCAUGUCUGCGCAGCAGACGCACUUCGACCUCGGGUCGCCAACCAGCACCCUCUCCAACUACGAUUCCUGCAACUCCAGCCAAUCAAGUACUGGGGAGAAGAGGACCAGCCAGCCCGGGGGCGAAGGCUCAAGGGGACCCGAGACGACAAUCACGGACAUGCAGACGUACAUGGACAUGCUCAACCCCGAGAUCCGGCCGAGCGAUGGCAAAAGGGAGGGCGAGGCGCCCCUGCCACCUCCCCCUAGCUUCCCCCCUCCUCCUCCUCCACCCCCCAACCCCAAGCUUCCCCCGCCUCCUCCCGGCUACCCAGCGCCAGAGCCCCCCGAGGCCCAGCACACGGCAGAGAUGUAUGUGCAAGCGAAAAACAACCUGCGCCACGUGGAGAGCGAGGUGCUGAAAAAAGAGUUAUCGUCACACGACAGCAGCCUGGAAGGCCUCCGGCGGGUCGACUCCAGCAGGAAAUCUAGGAACUUCAGCAAGCAGCCCAGCACCGGGGAUUACUACAAACACCUCGACAACAGUGCGGGGGAGCAGCCUGGCAACUGGAAGAUGGCACACAGCAAGGAGGCGUCUCUUCUUUCCAACGACAACGUGCACAAUGGGAGUGCGGCUGAGAACAAGCCCUCUGGGGAGAUGACGCCCCCGCCCCCUCCCCCUCCGCUUCCUGAGAACAUCUGUCCUCCACCCCCGCCCCCUCCACUGCCAACGGAGACUCAGGUGCCCUCUUUCAGCCAGCGCCGCUCGUCCUCUUCCACUGGAAAUGGGCCACCCCCGUGUCACCUGGACUCAGCUGGGCCCUGCGGUCCAUCAGCAGGCAGAAUGCAGCAGCUCUGUGCUCUGGGACCUACGCCUGCCGCCUCUCACUUUCAGGGUUGCAAGUCGUUCAAUAUGAUGUCCCCAACCGGUGACAACUCCGAGCUGCUGGCAGAGAUCAAGGCUGGGAAGAGCCUCAAGCCGACUCCACAGACCAAAGGCCUCACCACUGUCUUCUCAGGCAGCGGCCAGGCGGGGGCCAAUCUAGAGACUGCAGCUUCCUCCCCGCCCCCCGCGAGGACGCUGACCCCACCAACCACGCCCGAUGCAGCCUCCGUCCCCAGGGCCGCCAGCUCCCCUGAGCCGGUCGUCAACGGCAACUCGCCGCUCAUGGCCUCGGUGCAGCCCAGCCAGCUGGACAUCGAGGCCCUGAUCCCCACCCACGACGAGCAGGGGCGGCCCAUCCCCGAGUGGAAGAGGCAGGUGAUGGUGCGGAAGCUGCAGAUGAAGAUUCAGGAAGAGGAAGAGCAAAAGCGCAAGGAGAAGGAAGAAGAAGCUCGCUUGGCCACCAUGCCAGCCUGGAGGCGAGAGAUCCUGCGGAAGAAGAUGGAAGAGGAAAGAGAGCAAAAACGAAAAGAGCAAGAAAAAUUGAAGCGAGAAGAGGAGGCGAAGGAGAAAGCGCAGUCAGAAAAGCUAAGGACUCUUGGGUACGAUGAAACAAAACUAGCCCCCUGGCAAAGGCAAAUUAUCCUCAAGAAAGGGGAUAUAGCAAAGCAUUAGGCGCUCAAUAGUCCCUCUCUCCUCUUGGGAAUUUAAGAACUUUCUUCCUUAACGUGAGCUGUUCAGUAGGUCAAGGAGGGGCCAGCUGCUCUUUCCCACUGCAGACACUACCAGCUGAAAAGUCAUUUACUACUUAAUGGCCUAGCUAGUGUCCAUCCCUCUAAUGAAAUAAAUGCAACAAGGGUAACCACUAACAUCACAGAGAACGCUGUCCCUGUCUAGCAACGCCCUGGUGGGCCGCAUCCAUAAACAACUUAGCUUGAAAGAGUUUUAGGGCAUGGGAAAGGUUUUCAAAAGUGGAACUCACAAGUGAAACUAAGUCAGUGAGUAGCUGGGUAUGGGAUCAAAAGAAACUCCUCCGUGACUGUAAAUAUGGUCGACUCUGUAGACGGUUCUGUUCCACAUAAAACCUUCCCUCCACCUUAAUACUGAACAGCAUUCCUUUAAGUGUCUCCUUGCCCAGCCUUUCCACUCCCUGUCAGUCAUUUGUUUACCAUAAACUAUACUUUUACCAGGAAUAGUGGAGAUCCUACAAGGCUAUGCAGACAAGCUGAAUGUGGGUUUAUGAAUGUUGUGUAUAUAGAGAGUCAGUUGCUACUAGUAUCUGUUCCGUUGGUGCCCUGUAGAUGCUGGCAUAUAGACCAUGCUUGGGUAUCAUUUUCAUUUUGCAAAAUGGACAUUUUAAAAGAAAAUUUAUGGUUAAAAACAGUUCUGUGCCCCUGUCGGGCUGAUGCGAGCCGUUUCUUCAGCUGCCAUAUUACGUCUAGCCCCUGCUCCUGCAUUGGCACCAUUGCCAUUAGAGCAGGGGGGGAUUGUUCUGUUUUCUAUACGUCUUUGUCACGUGUUUCCUGGAGCUUCUAGAGGGAGAUUUUCAGCUUGUUUCUGACCUAGAACUUCUAUGUCUUCACCAAUAAAACACUAACCACC